UGUAUAAUUAUAACUUAAAUAAAAAAAAAGCUUACUUAGAUUGUUUUCUAAAUUCUUCCAUGUCUGUACUAUAAAAAGGAUAAGGAUAAAGGUCCACAGAAACAAAAUAACUGUUUAGAAACUAAAGCUGAAGAGAGUGAAACAAUCAAUGACCCUUUAGAAUUGAAUUCAGAAAAACAGCCGGUUGACAGUGACGGUCACGGCCCUUACAUUCCUGGAUCACAAACAGACGCCGACAAGCGGCAUGACAGUUAUGAAAUUUUAGUUAAAGAUGCUGUUGAAAAACUGCAUGGACCACAGGAAGAUCGAACAGAAAAAUUUUGGAGGAAAGUAGCGGACAGUGCAAAAAAAGAUGAAAUCGAUGCGGAGAAUAUGAAAUAUUCCAAAAAGAGCGACACACCAAAGCUGCCGUACGUGAAUGUUUCCCAACAUUUCAAUUUUGCAAAGAAAAUGCACGCAGGUAACUUAGAACACGAACCUCUUCCAGAUACUCUAGGGUAUAGAAAUCUGACUAAAGUAGGAGAGCACAGAAACUCCGAUGUCAUUGUAAAACCUUAUGCAAUUGGUUGGAAAGGUUAUGGAGCUUCAGGACCAACAUGUUGUACAAAAAUGCGAGUUCAUCGUCCAAAAACGUGUGAUCCCAAGAAAAGUGAUGAAAAAAUAGAUGAACGGAAAAAUCGUCCUGCAACGUCCGAUCUAGGGAGCCAGUAUAAAAAACCGCUUUCCUUAAUGGACCUCGCUAUAUGUUGGGACUUUAAACCUGAUAAUCCUCGAGUAGAACCUAAAGCGCCUAAGCACAUAGAUGGUUCUAAUGGUUCAAUGGCUCCAGCAGUCUUUACAAUGGUGAACACACCAAAAGAAGAAGUAAAGGAAACUGUUUUAGGACACACAUAUCCAAUUUUUAACCAAAAUCGAGAUCUAGGUGAUAUAGGUCGUCAUAGUGUCCCGCAUUUUGAAAAAGAUAUGACUAAAGAAAAAAGAAAAGAAGUUUGCGAUGUACAGAACUGCCCACAGCAUAAUGAUAUUGAAAAAGGUAUAAGUUCUCAGUCAUCAAGUAGAAAAAGUUCGGCCUUUUCCGAUCAUAAAAGCCUAUGUGAUGGAAUUAAUGGUUGUGGCACUACCUCUAAUGGUAGUCGUAAUUCAAACCGCGAAAACACCAAAAUAAAAGUAAACCAUGCGAAAAAUGUAUGGAAUGCUAAUGACAAAAACAAUUCAAAGUAUGAUAUUAAUCGCAAUCGCCAUAGUUUGGAGUCUUAUGAGAAGACUCCACUGGCUCAAGGUAAAUUACAUCAGAGCUCACCUAACGCGUCACAAAUAUCUAAACAAUCCUCCAAAGAGCCUACAAAAUCUAGCGAAUCUUUGGAAGGCAACGUCAAACAUAAAAAUUGCUUAUCCUGCAAUGGAGUAAAGAUCCACCCGGAAAAAGUUAAGCAAAAAGAUGAUUAUAAAUUUGCCUUUAAGGCUGGAAAUCCAAAUUCCAUCCAGAGCAAUAGUACAAACGAUUCAAAGGAAUUGAAAAUUCCGAAAAUGCGUCACCCCUAUACCAAAAAGUCUUACACGAUUCCAACUUUAGCACCUCCAUUUAGCAUUUGGCGAGAUGCAAACGCUACCGGUUAUCCGGAACACUGGAGAUUGGCAAGUGUUUACCAACAUGCUUAUAAACCUCCCGAACAAAGACGAAAACCAUUGAUAGAAAGCGUUUAUCAGUAGCAUUAAUAAAUAUUUUCGUAUCCAUUGUAUAGCCCAAUAUAUGGGGCCCAAGCAAAAAUUUCAUGGUAACAAUUAAAUAAUCUAGACGAA